GCGGAGCCGGAAAUAGCUUUCCUCCAGCCGCUAGCUUCUCACUUAGCCUUAAAAACAGCUUUUGAAUAAUCUUUAUUAGUGAUCUCUUUAGCUUUUUUAUAAUAUAGAAACUUUCAGUGUCAAAUCAAGAACAUAACAUUACAAAGUCGCCACUCGCCGUGGUGCGGCUUUGUGUAACGUGAGCGUAGUUUAGAAAUGAUCAUGUUAGCGUUAGCCUUUAGCCAGGAGCGUAUUUGAUGGACUGUCCCGUGUUACUGUGAAUGAAUGAGCACUAUUAACACUUGACCGGCUGCGAGAAGCGGUAACUAACAACACAUCCAGCCAUGGGGACCGGUGCUGAUGUGAGGGAUAUUCUGGAGCUGACCGGGGGAGAUAAUGACGGCCCCAUCAGCAAGAAAGACCUCAUCAACUCAGACAAGAAAAAAUCCAAGAAGACGACAGAAACUCUGACCUUUAAGAGACCAGAGGGAAUGCACAGAGAGGUCUACGCUCUGCUCUACUCAGAUAAGAAAGAUGCACCCCCUUUGCUUCCUAGUGAUACUACUCAGGGCUACAGGACAGUGAAAGCCAAGUUAGGAUGUAAAAAGGUGCGUCCCUGGAAGUGGAUGCCCUUCAGUAAUCCUGCUCGCAGGGAUGGCGCCAUAUUCCAUCACUGGAGACGUGUGGCAGAGGAGGGAAAGGAUUACCCUUUCGCCCGUUUCAACAAGACCGUGCUGGUGCCAGUGUAUUCAGAGCAGGAGUAUCAGCUGCAUCUCCAUGACGAUGGUUGGACUAAAGCGGAGACGGACCAUCUGUUCGACCUAUGCAAGCGCUUUGACCUGCGCUUCGUAGUUGUCCAUGAUCGUUACGACCACCAACAAUACAGAAAACGCUCUGUGGAGGACUUGAAAGAGCGUUAUUACAAUAUUUGUGGUAAGCUGACAAAGGUCAGAGCAGCUACAGGGACUGAGCCCAAGAUCUACAUCUUUGAUGCAGGUCAUGAAAGACGUCGCAAGGAGCAACUGGAGAAGCUCUUCAAUCGCACACCUGAACAGGUGGCAGAAGAGGAAUAUCUUAUUCAGGAGCUGAGGAAGAUUGAGUCAAGGAAGAAAGAGCGAGAGAAGAAGGCUCAGGAUCUACAGAAACUCAUUAAAGCGGCUGACACAACCACAGAGUUGAGACGAGCUGAAAAGAGGGUUUCCAAGAAGAAGCUCCCUCAGAAAAGAGAAACAGAAAAACCGGCUCUUCCAGAGACGGCAGGCAUCAAGUUUCCUGACUUCAAAUCAGCGGGAGUCACACUGCGCAGUCAAAGGAUGAAACUACCAAGCUCAGUUGGCCAGAAGAAGAUCAAGGCCAUUGAGCAGAUCCUCGUAGAGCAAGGAGUGGAUCUUAACCCCAUGCCCACUGAAGAAAUUGUACAGAUGUUCAAUGAGCUGCGCAGUGACCUGGUGCUGCUGUACGAGCUGAAGCAGGCACACAGCAACUGUGAAUACGAACAGCAGAUGCUGCGUCACCGCUAUGAAGCUCUACUGAAAGCUGGCGGUGGAGGUGGGUGUGGAACUCUAGGGUUAGGACUAAUCACUGUGGCCCAGGGCGGGGACCUCAAUGCCUCCAACAGCACUGCGGCGUCCACACCGGGAGGUGAUAUCCCGUCGUGGCCAAGUGUUGACGACAUCAAGGUUGAAGCCAAGGAGCAGAUCAUCGAUGUGGUUGGAGCACCACUUACCCCCAACUCGCGCAAACGGAGAGAAUCGGCUUCCAGCUCGUCUUCGGUGAAAAAGGUGAAGAAGCCUUGAUGAGGAUGAGAGCGCCAGCUGGUGCACAGUGGAGAUACUCUGGUCCAAGUGGAGACGCACAGGAUUUAUGGUUGUCCAUCCAUGUAAAAGCAUCACUGACUACUCUCACACACACACACACACACACACAUACACACAAACACAACUUCUCACCUUCUAACCAGACCUCUCCAGCCCCUCCCCAUCUGACCUGCCCAGCAUCUUUGCGACAAAGGCAACAACUGAGUGACAUUUCAUUCCAUUACUGCUCGUCUCCCAGCCUCCACCAUUGCUCGGCUUCAGAUGAGGCAAGAUCAACUGUAAAUUGCCAGACUGAGCUAAUCGGGACAUUGGGAAGAUGGUGGGAGUGACAUGGUAAUUGAAAUGAAUUGGAAUGAAAGAAGAGACUAUGUGAGUGGGAGGACCUCCAACCGCAGUUCUCAUUUGACCCAUCGGAGGUUUUUUUGUGGCCUAAUCACACCAUAGUGUUUACUGGAAAUGUGUUUUUGUUGUAGCCUGUAGUACCGACUCCCCCUCCACCUACGAAAGAGAUGCCGCUUCCAUCUGCUGCUGAGAUCUAUGUUGGACUCGUGAGGCAGAUUUGGGUUGUUUGUCCUCAGGUGACCUCGGAAUGAUUCAAUAAAACCUCAUUGUGUUUUUUCCUA